AUGUCUCUGUCAGCUAACUUAACUAAUGAAUCACAAUGUUCAAUUAUGAUUAAUCAAAUGGCAAACAUAAAUUUAGGAUAUAUGAAUCAAAUUUAUUUUAAAAGAAAAUCUAUUAUUGCAACACUUCUAUUUCAACAAUUAGAUUUGAUAAAAGAAAAUAUCAAUCGAACUUAUAGCUUAAAUAUGUCCAUUGAAGAUAGUAUUACCAAAGCUAUUUAUACUACAAAACAUUUUCCAGAUUUUUUCAAAUCUAUUCCAUCUAUUAAAUGGAUAGUUAUCGAUGCAGAAGAUUUAAUUAAAACAAAUUUAAUUGACUGUGAAAAAAUCAUAACAGAUUUUAUUUCAUUAUUAGGGUUGUCUAAUUCAUCGUCUAAUUUAAAAAAUAUAAUAGAAUAUGAUUCUCAUCAGUUUCUUGAAGAUUCAACUUGGUGGGAUCAAUCAAAUGUAGUUGAAAGUAUUUUUAAUACGCCCAUACCAUCUCGUUCAUUAAAUUUUACAUAUUCUAAUGAUUUUUAUUAUUUACAUGGUGAUCGUUCAUUUACACAAUAUUUAUAUGAGAAUCGUCAAUGUUAUAAUGAGGGUAUAUUUGUUCAAAUGCAAUCUGAAACAAUAACUAAUCGUAAUUCAACUGAUAAACUAAAUCGAUGUUUAUCGAAAUCAUUUGAUUGUGCUUUUAGUGAUUUAUAUUCACUGCAGGAUCGUGAACAACUCUAUCAACCAUCUUAUCCAAAACCAAUAAAAUGUGGUUUUACAAUUCCAUCGAUCUUUGAUAAAGUUAGAAAUCGAUAUGGACGUAAUCAUACAUGUCAAACUAUAAUUUAUACAUGUGUUACAAACUGUUAUGAUCCUCUACCACAAGUACGAGGUGAUAUCCAAUCUUCAUUUUGUUUUGUUGCUUUACUUGACACACGAACCAUUAAUGCUUAUAAAAAGUUUAAUUUAACAAAUUCGAGUAUUCAUUGGGAUAUGAUUGAUUUAGGUGUUAAUGCUACGCCAUUUAGUGUUGCUGUAAAAUCCACAGAAACAUUAAAAACUAUUGGACAACGAAUGUUUCCAUUGGCGAAAUGGAUUAUUUGGCUUGAUGGUAAAGGGCAAAUCAAUGAUAUUAGUGAACUAUUGAAAGAAGUAAGAGCUCCAGUAAUUGGUGCUCGACAUCCUAUUCCAGGACGAACUCCAGCAUCUGAAGUAUAUCCUACCAUUAUUCAUGUAUCUGCCAAAGAAAUACCAUAUUCUCAAAAACUCAAUAAUAUUGUAAUAGAUAUUGAUCUUCAACAAAAACAAUAUAGCCGGGAAGGGUUUUAUGAGCGUUCACAUAUACUCAAUUUAACAUUGUAUGAUAUUGCAAUAUUUGUGUAUAGAAAUAAUCAUCCGUGUAUUUUUCGUUAUUCAUGUGGAUGGCAUAAUGAAAUAAAUUAUUUUUCAUAUCGAGGACAAUUAUCAGUUUAUUAUCCAGCUGUUCGACUAAACUUAACUGAUUAUUUACAUUUCUUACCGGAAAAGUUUUAUUCUAUGUUUAGUCAUCGAUCAGUUUGCUAG